AAACCUGUAAUUUCAGACUUUCAGCCAAUAAAGGUAUUGGGAAAAGGGUCUUUUGGGAAAGUGAUUUUGGUUAAGCAUAAGAAGACGGGGAAGUUAUAUGCACAAAAGCAAUUGAAAAAGGUGACGAUGAUUGUUAACACCAAAAAUUACGAAAGAACUUUGACGGAAAGAACAAUUCUUGAAAAAGUAACACAUCCAAAUAUUGUGAAAUUGUAUUAUGCACUCCAAGACUUCGAUAAGGUUUACCUUUUCCUAGAAUACCUUGAAGGUGGAGAGUUAUUUUUCCAUUUAUCACAAGAAAGGAUCAUGAGUGAGAAAGUGGCCUGUUUCUACGCUGCAGAAAUGAUACUAGCCCUAAGGCAUUUGCAUAUAAAUGCUGGUGUAAUAUACAGAGAUUUAAAACCAGAAAACUGUCUUUUGAACAGGUAUGGUCAUUUGGUUCUAACUGAUUUCGGUUUGAGUAAAGUUUCUGGACACAGUAAUUCAAUGGACGGUACAGCCCAAUAUAUUGCACCGGAAGUUAUCAAAGGUGAGACCUAUGACUCUAGAUGUGAUUGGUGGUCCUUAGGAGCCGUUUUAUUUGAUAUGCUGACUGGUCAGCCUCCUUUCACAGGUAACAAUAACAAAAGAAUCAUGGAUAAAGUUCUGACCCAGAAAGUGAGAUAUCCAUUUUAUCUAUCUCAGAUUGCCAAAGAUUUUCUGAACAAAUGUUUGAACAAAAACGUCGAGAAGAGAAUCAAUAUCGACGAUGAUGCUGUCUUUGCAAAGGUCAAAGAGCAUCAGUUCUUCAGAUACAUAAACUGGAAUUCGUUAAGAGACCAGAGCGAUGAUUUAGAGCCGCCUAUAAUACCCAUUGUGUGUGAUCCUGAAAUGGCUGAAAACUUUGACGAUGAGUUUACUUCAUUGGAAAUCACACCU